AUGGAUCGAGAUGAAGCAAAUUCCGCUGUCGAGGAUGAAGAGUCUGGAGAUGAGCCAUUCGUCGACCGCCGUGCAAUUCUUGGACCCCCAAUUAAAAGCGUAGUGGACGCGCUUGGUGGGUUCGAGCAAGGGGUGUACUCGAUGGGCGACGAAUGCUACGGCUGUCUCAAGGAUCUCAAAAAGUACUGGCGCAAAGAUGACACCGACGAUGACCGCACCGUCGCCCGCAUCUUCUGGGACACCCGUGUCCUCCCCAACGACCUCGUUCCCAUCCUCCUUCAGACCGCGGGCAAAGGCCUCUUCGAAGACAAACGUGGAAUCGCGUGCGCGGACCUCAUGACUGCAAUGACAUGGCCCAUCGACCUGGCAGAAGAGUUGAAGGAGCUCGACGACGAGUACGACAAGGGCGUCGACUACACCGCGCUCCUUCUCAGCCACCUCCACUACAAGGCCGCGCUCCUCCGCCCGGGCGUCCUCGACGCCCUCUUCGCAAUAGCGCUCCCAAGUCUGGCGAAGGAGGGAAAGGAGCGGCAGGAGCGGGACGUCCAGAUCGUGAACGUUAUUCUCCACCUGGUACGCAACCUCGCGUUCAUCAAGGACCUUCCCUCGAACAUGCACGCGAGCGCGGACCACGCCGAGCUCUCGACACUCCAGUCAAGGCUUAUAAAGGGUCUCUCCGACUCCCACUUCAUCGAGCUCCUCAUGACCAUCGCGGCCAACGCAGCAGACGACCCGCUUUUCAAACAAUGGAACGCCCUCACGCUCGAGAUUUUCUAUCUGUUGUACCGGGGCGUGAAACCGGCGUCGCUGGCAAGCGACCAAGCGAAACACUCCUCCAAGACGCUCGCCACUCUGCUCGCCGCCGAGGAUGUGCGGAAGCGCAACUUCGCCCGGCACGCGAACACUCGACAUUCACGUUUCGGCACGACCCUCUCCGUUACCGUGAACCCGAAGAAAGCUAAGCCUCCUCCCCAAGCCGACGAAGGAGUACCCCCAGCCCCCGCCCAGCAACCCGAGGCAUCGACUUCCCGACCAUUCGUGUUGCACCGGCAACAGGCCCUCAUGAAGGACGUGGGGAGCACGCUGGACAGGGCUCGGGCGAAGAAGACCCGCGCGCCGAACAAGAAGAAGGUGGACGAGCUCGGGCGGGAGGACAACCUGUCGGUCGAUUCGCGACUCAUCUUGCAGAAUCUCGCGACGGAGUUCAUCGAGAACGCCUUCAAUCCUCUUAUAGCAUCCCUCUUGAAGGACAUUGCGGCAGAACGACACAAGAUCACCGAGAAAGACAACCUGCGGCUUCUGUACGUCAACAAGUGGUUCCUCGAGUUCUUCCUCUGCGAACGCGCCCGGCAAGCCGACGAUGCGAAAUGGAAGUUCGGAUACGUGGCCACGGUGACGGAAAGCGAGUGGGUGAACUGGGUGCUCAAGGAGAUGCGUAACGCGCAGGAAGACAAGCCGAAACUAUGGAACGCGCUGCAGGCAGGGGUCGAGUGCCUGACGCAGUUCCUCAUGGUUCUCGACGCGAUGACGUCCACGGAGCGCAAGGCAGGCGACGACCCGUUCGCGUUCGCGGAGGCGAACAAGACGGAGGAGGACGACAUCGCGGACACGGCACGGAUCUUGCAGCAGCAGAUCAUCUACAACGGCCACAUCCUCGACCGGACCGUCGAGAGCCUCAAGUCGUACAAGGAGGGUCGGCAGAGUUUGGCGUAUCUCGACGCGAGUGUGUACCUCGCGUACGCGCUGUUCAAGAUGCUGGAGAAGUGGGCGAAGAGGAAGGGCGAGGGCGACAUGUAUGUGCGGAAGAAGCAGCCAAAGAAGAAAGGUACUCUUGUAGCGAAGACGGUACCGGAAGGCGAAGGUGUCCCGGACUUCGAAGAGGAGGAACCACAGCCGAAACAACAAGACAUGGUACAUGAGACCAUGUUCACACUCAAGGACUACGAGAAGAGAUUCGUGGACGCGGAUAUCACUACGACUUUCCUCGCCUAUCUUAUUCGGUACCCAGAAUAUGCAAGCUCUGAACAGAUGAAGCGGGUCGUCAGUUUGAUGCACCGUCAAGUUGUGAAGCAGAAGGCUGAGGGAUUGUACUUCAUGGUUUCGACGCUCAAUCUCUUCAAGAAGAUCAUAGCAGAAGAGAAGAGUCUUCCGAGGGACCAGCCUUACAAGGAUCUCGUCGCCUUGAUCAAAUACCUUCUAAGACAGUUCUUCAAGGCUGUGGAGAAAGAUUCUUUCGUGAUCGUUGAGGCGUUCUACCCCAAAAACCGCGGCCACUGGAAGGCCCUCUCAAGCCGGGAGCCUGAAGAGCUCAUGCGACGAACGGACCUCCGCGAGGUCGACCCGCGCUUCCCACCAGAUGUGUACGUCAAGAAGGGGUACUCCGCCAGCGAGCAGAUAGGCAUUGCCAUGAAAGUCCUCACGGAGAACGGCCAGAUGGUGCUCAUCGAGUGGACGCGGCAGAUUUUGCUUCUCUGUAUCGGCAGUCGCUUGAAGAUCAUUGAGGACGUGGACGGAUCGUCGUCGAAGACGAUAGACUUGAGCAACUUGGACAGCGAGAACGACGACGACGACAUCGAUGCGAUGUUAGGUCGUCGAAAACCGUCCGCGGAGGCUCUCGCGAAGAUCAGGGACUAUCUGAUCCCUUAUGUGAGCGACGAGGAGGCGGACGCCGCAAACAAGAACCCUCAUCUGAAGCUGUUGUUCCGGCUCGUGAACUUCAAGAUCAUGGACCAGGACGCGGACGAGCUCGAGUGGUUCAUUCCCUCCGUGAUCCUGCCCGGCCAGCUGCAGACGAACCUGAACGUCAUCAACCAGUACCUCGAGACCCCCCUCGACCUCGAAGGCAAGAAGGCCGAGGCGCUCCUCAAGAAGAAGCGCCGCCCCCGCCGGCGGAAGCCCCGCGGGCCCGCCCUCAGCGACGAGUCGGACGACGUGGACGGGCUCGAGGACCUGGACGUGCGGAACCCGAAGAAGCGGGUGCAGCGCAAGAAGGAGAAGCAGCAGUACAAGUCCGCGCAGUUCAUCGAGGACAGCGACGAGGACGAGGCGGAGCUGGAGGCGUUCUACGCGCGCGAGGCCGCGCUGCGGGCGCGCAUGUCCGCGCAGGCGGCGUCGGCGGAGGGCGCGGCGGGCACCACGCAGAAGCGCGCGACGAAGAAGAGGCGGAGGAAGGGCAAGGACGGGAAGGAUAAGACGGCCAAACGGCGCAGGAAACGGGGGGGCGUGGACGCGGAGGAGGAGGCGGAGGAGGCGGGGUCAGGACAGGAGCAGGAGCCGCAGCCCAAACAGGUGGACGGCGGCAGCGACUCGGAGGAGAGCGAGUUCGAUGUAUUCGGGAGCCCGAAGCGGGCGCGGUCGAGCCCGGACACCUCGUCUCCGGUCAACGAGGCUGCCGCGAAGCCCAAGCCACGCCCAAGACCGCGACCACGCGCCCGAAUAUCGAAGGUCGCGGCGGGAUCUGGGGACGAGACGGUCGCCGUGCCCAUCGACGGCGGCGGUGGUUCUUCCUCCGCCGUGCCCUCGCGGGCCACGUCGCAGGCAUUGCUUUCGGACGACGAUAUGGCGCCGUCGAGAGGAGCGAGGGGAAAGGGAAAGCCUGCGCUGCUGGUUCUUUCAGACGAAGAAUGA